UCGGUAUUUGGAAGAUGGACUGCAUUACUUCGAUUACGGUGCUCUCUAAGGUCUCACGAUACUGGAGCACGCCACGGAGUCGACCGACUCCUGAAACGUGUGCUUCUGAAACGCGGCCCGGCCCGCUGCCCCAACCGCCACUGCUUCCCGGAACGCCGUUCCGGCGAUGUCGGCGGUCCGGCGCCUAGGCGACAAACUGGCGAAAGCGCACGUGACGAUGACCGCCGACCACACGGAGACGGACGACGAAGGCGACGACGACGAGCAGGAGAGCAGCUUCGCCGCGCUGAACCGUCAGUUCGCCGAACGCUGCACCGCGCACGGAUUCAACCGCAUCGCGUCCACUCGCAGCCUGCGCCGUUUCCUGUGGGUCGUCAUCGUGGUGGUCGCCGUGGGCGGGUUCCUCUACCACAUUAGCUUCCUCACCAGCAACUACUUCUCCUACCCGAUCAUGACGGCCACCGAAGAAGUGCACGCCGAGGAGCUGCACUUCCCGGCCAUAACCGUGUGCAACUUGAACCUGCUGCGCAAGAGCUCCUUCGACGACUACCUCAAGGACAUCGCGGCCAGGGCGGGCAACCCGAGUAGCGCCACCACGACGACCGCUGUGCCGGAGGGUGGCGGCGGUGUCGCCGGUGCGAGGACUGCGCACGGCAAGACUCGAGACAUGUUCUCGCCCACGACCAAGGGCUACUCCAGCAGUGGAAACGGCGGAAACGGCGUAGACGAUGAAGAAGACGAGGUCUGCUACAAGACGGUCGACGAGUUCCUCAAGAGCAGCCGCACCAUGGACCUGAGUGACAUGUGGAUGAACUUCAUCGCCACCAAGGAACAGCUGCAGAAGUUUGGCCACCAGGCCAACGACCUCGUGGUACAGUGCACCUACAACGCACGCAACUGCUUCGACGAGAGCCAUUCCAUCCUGCGUGUCGAAGCGUACCCUUCACCUCGAUACGGACUCUGCCAGACGAUCCGCUUGGCCAAUGAUUCCAUGCGGAAAGUGCGGAAGACAGGUCCCACUUUGGGAAUGCGCUUAACCCUAAACAUCGAGCGCAGCGAGUAUCUGGACAUAAUCUCGCCCGAGUUUGGAGCUCGGAUUCUGAUUCACCCGCUUGGCACGCUGCCCAGCCUUGAACGGGGCGGAAUUACACUCACGCCUGGGAGCAAGAGCUACAUCAGCAUAAGAAUGCGCAAAAUCGAGAGACUGCCCGAGCCAUAUCGUGGAUGCAGCAAGAGUUUCAACGAUAGCAGGAUCACGCCGUACCUCCGCGAAGUGGGCCUUGACGACCUGCUUCAACGCUCCAUCUACACGUUCGACUUUUGCCAGACACUGUGCCGUGAAGCGGCACUGCUUCGAACAUGCGGUUGCCUCGACGAACUUUCGACUUCCGGACGAGCCUCUUGCGACCUUUGCAACGUCACUCAAGCUCGCUGCCGCACACGUUACCUGCGGUCUUACACGUCGUCCAGUGGAGGCCUGCAGUGCAAGGCGCUUUGCCUUCCCGAAUGCGUGGAAGUGCGGUACGACUUGACCACCUCCCAGUCGGAGUGGCCGAACUUCCGGCAGCAGGCGUGGGCCAUCAAGCGGUGGCCUCUGCUCAACAAGAGGAUGCAGGAAGCUGGCAUCCGCUGGCAGGAAGUGCUCAACGCCACCGAUGACCGCAUCUUCAGGGACGAGCUGCUAGCGCUCAGGGGCAACUUCAUGAGGGUGCACAUAUACAUCCAGGAAAUGAACUACCUCUCUGUUCGCGACCUUCCUGCAUACCCCCUACCGCAGCUGUUCGCCGACCUGGGCGGAUGCUUGGGCCUCUACAUCGGCGUGUCGGCCAUCACCAUAUUCGAGUUCCUGGAGCACGUCGUUCUGCUCGUGAUCCACAUGUGCGAGAAGUACUGUGGUUGCUGCAAGAGGCAGCGCGCCUCGCAGCGUCUCAAGGCUGAAUGGACAUACCCGCCGCCUGCACGAGACGAGAAAGCCGCCGAGUAUCGGACGGGAGGCGAACAACAUCGCAAGCCCUGGUCCUUCCUGGUCCGCGACCGGGAGUACCCCGUGCUGGGCAGGCCCCCGUCGCGUUCUCCUCUCUUCCGCACCGUGUACUCGAGCUCCAGAGAUUACGGAGCAGCACAGGCCGGAGCUCCCACGAGGAGGCCGCUCCAUCUGGGUUACACCGUUCCGCAGCACGUCGACACUGAUGGAGGCUUUUUCGGCAGGCGCUUCCAAACAAACCAGGACUCUGUGCUGGCCAGGGUGCGGAGUCAUCGCAGCGAUGAAUCAAGGGAGCACAUUAGGCCUCGUAUUCUCUGACAUUCCGUCACUGUGUGGAGAUUAGCCGACAUUAGGACGCCCUCCCCUCGAGACACCAAAUUAUACUAGCCGUUAGCACCACAUUUAAAAGAUAGAUACACUAGACAGAAUGGUCAUCAUAGAUGUCACAAUAAGCGUACUGGUCAAUGAAGAUGACAUUAGGCCUCGCUUUGUUGUCUUGUCAUCGGAGUUCUUUCGCAGUAUUUUUUGUAGUUCUUGCUAUACUUAUACGUCAGGAAAUCGGUCGCCGUACGGACUAGAAGCUUCCUUGACUUUCGCCAUCGGCGCUAUGGACCUUCUUUGCAAGCUGCCAUGCAAGCUACACGAGCUCAUGACUAAAUGAACCUGCCACCUGUUUUACAACGUGGCUUCAGUAUUUGAGCAUGCUUGCAAUAUGUCCGCACUUUUACUUACCAGCGCUGUUCAUCAUUUCGUCUAGCCUACACGCUUCAUUUCUUAUAUUGUGCAUACCCCUGUUACCAAACUUUGUUUACUGGAAACACAUUAAGCGUCUCCAUUGACCACUACCUUGUAGAUUUUUUAGAGUACGAAUAGCUGCGAGAACGCAUACACAGUUUGUGCAACGGGAGACUUACCCGCGCUCCUGUGAUUUGUGAAACCACGUUGCUACUACAAUGAAGUUCUGGAGGGAUAUUUUCAGCCAAUCCCUUUUGCAGAUAUCACUUUCAGCGGACGUCGCUUGCUUAUGCCAGCAGGGCAGACGUCCAUUGCUCCAUUGAGGCGUCGCACCAGACAGCACGUCAAGGAAAAGUGAAACUGUCCCCCAAAGCCAUCGACCGAGAACACAGACUCUAUAGUUCAUGUCUGAAGCGGCGACAUGCCAGGCUGCAUUAAAAAGAUGCAAUCGUGCGUUGCACUCUCUACGAAUCCAGGCUCGAAUCAUAACCAAUUGGUCUGCAAUUAUCCAUAAAAAAAAAGUAAGACAUUUUGUGCCAGUACUCCUUCAAACUGGAAUUCGCUUUCCGUGCCUGACGGCUUUAUAGCAUACUGCCGCCGUCAGACUUCACUAGAAGAGGCUGGCUUGGUACCCACUUCGGCUUCCCUCGCACGCCAACAAUGUAUGGAUAAAUAAACCUCAUAAAUAGUCGCGCGGCGUUUGCGCCAGACUUCGCGAAAAGCCGGACUCAAGCCUGGUAAAGCCUGCAGCUAUAUCGUAUGGGCAACACACAGCUCAUAAUGCUGUGACCACCUCGUCCUAUAAGUACAAAUCAGGGCAGCCUUUCUUCCCGCGAACCAUUCCCUACCUAUACGUUGCGCCUCACAUUGCCCACACUGAUAUUUGUACACCAAAUACAGAAAAACACAAGCACAACAAACAUUCGCUGUUUUGCAUCUU